AUGGACAGCCUAACUAAUUCAGAGCAUGAGACAGAAAGUUCAGACCGGGAAUACUAUUGCCCCAGAUCUCGCUUGGUUCACUGCAAAGGGGUACCACCUUUGAAAGAGGCCGAGGCACUUAUUGACCGACUCUAUGCCUCUGGAGUGCCCUUCUUUACCAAACAAACAAUUCAAUAUGCCUGGGAUCAGAUCAAGCGAGAGCCGGCUCGAGGAGAGGAAAUAUUCCUCAAACACAUAACCGGAGAGACAGCCGUGUGCAUUGCGGAGACUGGCAAAGUGAAUGAAUGGGGACCCGAUAAUAACACGAUGAAGAAAUACAUUUGUAAGGAACUAGUCCUCAGUUAUGGAUGCCGGGCAUCUCUCAGAAGAGACCUUGAGUGGUCGUAUACACCAAACCUCUGGGUAGCCUGCCCAAUAAGUUUAAUGCAUGUGACAUAUCGACGGGAUAGUGAAAAUAAGAAAAUCAUUCCUCCGCGUGUCGCCCGGGACCGUGAAGUGGUCAGAACAACAUUCCAGACCAAGACUCAGGAAUGGUCAGAAAGUGCAGCUUGCGAAAGGCUCAAGACAAUCUUGUCAUCCUCUGCAAAGAAUCAUGGGAUUGACAAGGUUAUUGGGUUUGCUCUGGGCACGAUGUCCAUCCAAUAUUAUAGCAAAGACGGCAGUCCCUUUGCUGAGUCUGGGUGGGGACCUGCAUCUCAGCAUGCGCUCCUUCUGACUAUGAAGGAAUGGCUACAAGAAAGGGAUCGGGAGCAGAAAGUACCAUGCUAUUCACAGGAUCCAGCGUUCACCGAAGUUGACCGGCAGAUUUUGGACGAGGUCGGCGUCGAGGUGAUUGAAGACCCGCGUGGUUGGCUUGAAGUGGAUGAGCAGUCUAUGAUACUCUCAGUGGGACCUGAUGUACCGGUCAAGGAGAUCAUUGCGGAUAUUGCUCGACCGGCGGUUAUUAUUUGGGAUCGAGUGGGCUGGGAUGAUGGACUCGAACCGGGACACUGGCUGUCUGAUCCUGACUCCUCGCGGAUCAGAGCAAUGCUGGAGGGCUAUGAGUUGCAUGAGUUUGGUCCUGAUAGCAUGGUGUGCUUAGAUCUUGUGGUUUAUAUCCGGAAGUCGGUGGUCGCACCGACUCUCGGUGAAGAUGGUAGAUUUUUGUAA